AUGUCUCGAGAGGAGCGUCAAUCUUUGCUUCAUGAGGGUGUCUCCGUAACCACCACGCUGUCUGCAUACGUUGAAAUCAUCUUUGAUAAUUCUGACAAUCGCUUCCCGACUGGUCGAGAUGAAGUCUUCCUUCGACGCACCAUUGGCCUUAAGAAAGAUGAAUAUAGCUUGGACAAGAAGAGCGCUAGUAAAGCGGAUGUCAUGAACUUGCUUGAGAGCGCUGGUUUCAGUAAAAGCAAUCCGUAUUAUAUUGUACCUCAGGGACGGAUCACUGCGCUUACAAAUGCGAAGGACCACGAGCGAUUGGCCUUAUUAAAGGAAGUAGCUGGUACGAAAGUUUACGAGCAGCGGCGAGCCGAAUCGCUGCGUAUAAUGUCCGAGACCGACGCUAAACGGACUAAAAUCAAUGAACUGCUGGACUACAUCGAAUCGCGAUUGGAGGAACUUGAGGAAGAGAAGGAAGAGCUUAAGGAGUUUCAGGAUAAGGACAAGGAGCGCCGAUGUCUUGAGUAUGCAUUAUAUCAACGGGAAUUGGAAGAAGUUGGAGAGGCACUAGAAGAGAUCGAGGAAGAACGCAGAGGAGAAGUACACAGCACAAACGUUCGCAGGGAAGAAUUCAAGGAUCGAGAGAUACGAGCACAGAAUCUGGAACAGUCGAUCUCUCGUAUCAGGACCUCUUUAACAACCCUCACUCUGACGCGGCAGGGAAACCAGUCAGAAAUGACUGACCUUGUCCGGGCUCGCACGGAGCUUGAGUGUACAAUUGCUGAUCUCCGUGUGGCCGUUGAGCGGGCCGGAGGGCGACGCGAAGAACUCGAAGGAGAACUGGCCGACGUGCAGGAACAAAUCAGGGAGAAAGAGGCGACGCUCGCAGAGCUUUCUCCUCAAUGGGAGGCACAUCGAAUAAAUGAACUUGAGGAGAAGCAUAGGUUGGAUGAACUGCGCGCCCGACUUGAUGCGCUCUAUGCCAAACGGGGGCGCUUAAAUCGGUUCAGAACCAGGUCAGAGCGUGAUCAAUUCCUGAGGCCCGAGAUCGCUUCUAUUCAAGCCUUUCGUACAUCGCAAACUAACAUCCUGAACAACCUGCAGACGGAGCUGCAGAACACCAGGGAGGCGCUGAGAGAGGUAGAAGAGAGGACAGAAAAUGGCAGAACCAGUAUGGAAGAUGAGAGGCGGAGGGCGAGAACCCUGGCGGAGCAGAUCGUUCAGUUGAAGGAAGAGUCUGCCGAGCUGACUGAGAAACGGAAGAAUCUCUGGAGAGAAGACACGAAACUGAACAGCCUUGUGUCUCACGAAGCCGACGAGUUGAGAUCUGCUGAAAGGAAUUUGGCUAGCAUGAUGGACAAGGAUACUGGAAGUGGUUUACGAGCGAUAGACCGGAUCGCAGAAAGGUUCAACAUGGAAGGUGUCUAUGGUCCUCUGUACCGCUUGUUCGAGAUCACAGAUGACAAGUUCAAUAUCGCGAUUGAGCUGACCGCUGGGAACAGCCUGUUUCACGUUGUCGUUGACACAGAUGCCACGGCAUCGCAAGUCUUGGAUAUAAUGAUACGGGAGAAAACGGGACGAGUUACAUUCAUGCCACUCAACCGUCUGAAGCCGACAGUUCCCCCGAAGCCAAACGCACAGGAUGCUAUCCCCCUAUUGGAGAAACUCAGAUUCGAUGGUGUUUAUACAAAAGCCUUUGAACAAGUAUUCGGCAAGACGUGUGUUUGCCGCGAUUUGACGAUUGCUGCGGCAUACGUGAAGAGCCAUGGUAUCAACACUAUAACCCUCGACGGCGACAAGGUCGAUCGGAAGGGCGCCCUGACGGGUGGCUACCACGACGUGCGGCGCUCACGCAUUGAAGCCAUCAAAAACGUGACGAGCUGGUCUGCAAAGCACUCCGCGGAUAGUCAACGCUUUGAGGAAGUCCGGGCAACUAUUCUCCAGACAGAACAAGAAAUCACCCGGGUUGCGGGAAAAUUACAGGUCCUCAACAAUCAACAAACUCACGCAAAGAGCGCGAGAGAGACAUUGCACGAGGAGAUCGCCGCACUCGGCCGGGAAAAGGAGAGGUUAUUAGGGCGUAUCGCCAAACUCGAAGGUGAUAUUGGAGAUGUGGAGACGGAGGUCAGCGGUCUAAACGCGAGGCUGGAGGGACUUCAGGCGGAACUGGCAAGCCCACUUGCGCAAGGCCUCACAGCAGAGGAGGAGGAAACGAUCGAGAACCUAGGAAGAGCCAUUGAACAACAUCAAAAGCAGCUCUUGGAGAUAAACAAGGCCAAAAAUGAGCUUGGUGGUCGCAAGAGCGUCGUAGAAAUCGAGCUGAACGAGAGCUUGCGACGACGUCAAGAAGAACUACGCGGAAAACUUGAUGCGCUGGGUGUUGCAGAAUCAGGCGACUCAUCCUCCGACGAAGCUUUGGAGGCGCGCACUCGAGAGUUGCGUUCAUUGAACAAUGACAUUACAGCCCUGACAAGGAGAUCGCAAGAGACCGAGAAGGAAGUUGAGAAGCUGAAUACUCAACUCCAGGAGCAGCGCACCACUUUAGAAGGCCUGCAGAAUCAGCAGACGGAUGAUAGUCGUGGGAUUGCUAGACAACAGAAGAACACAGAGCGUUACCUUGCUAAAAGGCAGAUGCUUCUCACCCGGAAAGACGAGUGUAAUCGCAAUAUUCGCGAUCUCGGACUGGUCAAGAAACUGCAUACCGUCAACGAGGGACUUAAAAAGUUCGCUCAUGUCAACAAGAAGGCUUUCGAGCAGUACAACAACUUCACAAAGCAGCGUGAUCAGCUACUGAAGCGUCGAGAGGACUUGGAUAAAUCGGCGCAGUCAAUAGAGGAGCUGGUCGAGGUGCUCGAUCAGCGCAAGGACGAAGCUAUAGAGAGGACUUUCAAGCAGGUAGCACGAAAUUUCGAAGAGGUUUUCGAGAAAUUAGUGCCAGCUGGAAAAGGACGAUUGAUCAUUCAGCGUCGAAUUGAUCAGGAUGAUGAAGACGCUGAGGAAGUCGAUGAUACUCAACAAAGCACCAUUGACAAUUACACCGGUGUCUCUAUACGGGUGUCUUUCAACUCAAAAGUAGACGAGGGCCUGAGAAUACAACAGCUUUCUGGGGGUCAGAAGUCUUUAGUUGCACUAGCAACAGUUUUCGCGAUCCAGAAGUGUGAUCCCGCACCCUUCUACUUAUUUGACGAGAUUGAUGCCAAUCUGGAUGCACAAUAUCGAACUGCCGUCGCCGCCAUGAUACAUGAUCUUUCUGCUACUGCGCAAUUCAUCACGACGACAUUCCGUCCAGAAAUGUUGGUGACCGCUGACAAGUUCUAUGGUGUGCUUUUCAACAACCAGAAGGUCAGUUCUAUCCGUAGCAUCAAGCGCGAGGAGGCAAUGGAAUUCGUUGAUCAGGCAAGUAUAUUCUUCAUGCUUGCAAAGUUCCUAACACUCAUUGGGAUAUGCAGGAGGCACAGGCCCAGUGAUCGGAGUUUUAAAAGUCAGAACGGCUGGGUACCUCUUCUCCGACUCAUUGUCGACCUGUCGGUCGGAAUGCCUCCUCAAUCUCUCUCUCCUCGACGCAAGCGGGUCCGACGGUAUUUCUCUGCCUCAGCUGCAACUGGCGCACGUCUCAGUGGAAAGCUCGCUGCCAUUUCUGCCGCAACCGUGCCCUCGGCGCGCACUCGUCGCAGGGGGUCGUCGGCAUCCAGUGAUAACUUCCACUUUUCCCCAGAUUUUGUAAGCGAUGUAUCUGCUGUCGAGGACGAAUAUUCUCUGCGCUUCGCCGACCGUCCGUCGUCUCGUUCGCUUCCAGAAUCGCGGCCGCCAUUAGCUGCCGCGCAGGCACCGUUAGCGUAUGCGUCUCUACCUCCUACUCCCAUCUCCUCCUCACCACAUUUACGUUCAUCUCCGCCCUCAUUCUCGCCUACAAUAUCCACGUUCCCCUCCUCGGACGUCUACUAUGAGCCGCCUUUUUCAAUUUGGGAUUACCUGCGGGAGGAGCUCCUUGCCACAGACUUUGAUUCUCAUCAAGAGCUUAAAUGGGAAAGGGUCAGCAACUUCCUCAACAUGCCAAUCGCUCUCGAGAAGGUGUUCUUCUUCGGAUUCAUUGUCUGCCUAGACUCAUUCCUCUAUACCUUCACAAUCCUCCCCAUUCGUUUUACGUUUGCCAUCUGGCGUCUUCUGCUCAACACCUUAACCUUCUCUAAGAGCACUCCGCCUCUUCCGCCAUCUCAGAAAGCGGACAUUCUCCGUACUCUGCUGCUAGCUGUAUCUGUCGUGAUCCUUGCUCCGCUGACUGAUGCAAUGGCCCACACUCUGGUCAUGAUAUAUCAAAUGAUCUCGCUCAAUGUUGCUGUAAACUCUUACGAUCAUGCAUUGCUGACACUCCUCGUAUCGAAUCAAUUUGUGGAGAUCAAAGGUAGUGUGUUCAAGAAAUUUGAGAAGGAUAAUCUGUUUCAGAUUACUUGUGCUGAUAUUGUGGAACGCUUUACACUUGCGCUGAUGCUGAGCAUCGUUGCAUUCCGGAACUUGAUUGAAUUGAGCGGGUCGUCAUUCAAUUUCAGCGACGGCUUCGCGCUCCCAAAGAGUUUUGGAUGGUUCAGAGGGAAUAAUGUCAUAUGGACGAUUUCAUAUCCCGUUCUUACCGUUAUGGCAUCCGAGAUGUGCGUCGACUGGCUUAAGCAUGCAUUCAUCACCAAGUUCAAUCACAUUCGUCCCUCUGUAUACGAGCGAUAUACGGAUGUGCUCUGCCGUGAUCUUGCGAGUGCGAGUGCGGUAGGCCGGCGUGGCGCGCGGAAGCACACGUAUGUUGAUCAGUCGCCGCUCGUUGCCCGCCGUUUGGGUUUUGCGUCUCUUCCACUGGCAGUCCUGGCAGUCCUCAUCGGAUCACAGUCUAUCAAUUUGUUGAUCUCCAUGCACACGGAUGGGAACAUCCCGUGGAUAUGGACGAAAGCGCUCGAAGAGAUAGAGCUGGAUGAAGUGAUCAAUGUGGCCAAAUGGACGGCAUUGAUCUUGUCCGUUUGGUUUUGUUGCGUAGUCGUCAAGAUCAUACUAGGCGUUCACCUCCUGAGCUAUGCCACGAGGCGGAGAGCCGGCAUGGAGGCUCGCGAGGCUGCAGAUGUCGUUAAUGACUUUGGACGAAACCCGAUAGGCGAGGGCAAGGAGGAACAGUCAUACAAUCGUGAGCUCAAGUCGCUGCUGGACGACUCGCGGGAUGACGCCGGACCUGUCCCGGAUAUCGGGGAGAGGAAACCGGGAUCAGACGCUGGGCAGGGUGGCGGCAAGCGCAAGCGGCUGCCGUUAGAGGAGAUCACUAGAUUCACUAUGGUCAAACGUAUAUGGUAA